AUGUCCUGCCUCAGCCGCCUGCUGGCGCUGCUGCUGGGCACACUGCUGUGGGCACCGUGGCGGGCACUGCACGGGGCACCGCUGGCAGAGCUCUCCGGGGAUCAGGACUUCCAACUCUUCCUGCACAAGAGCCUGGAGUUCACUCGCAAGAUCAAGGGGGACGUGGCCGCGCUGCAGCGCGUGGUGUGUGACAAGUUCCAGCUGUGCAAGGAGGAGGAGCUGCUGCUGGUGCGGCAGCACCUGGGCAUCGCGCAGGCAGCGCUGGAGCAGUGCCACAGCCGCACCUUCCAGGCGGAGGCCUGCUUCAGCCAGAUCCGUAAUGGGCUCCGUGCCUACCGUGGCUCCCUUGCUGCCAUCCUGGAGCUGCUGCCCGGGCAUGCCAGCCUGGUGGAGACGCUGCAGCUGGAUGCUGCCAACCUCUCCUCCAACAUCCAGCAACAGAUGGAGGACCUGGGCCUGACCACGGUGACAUUCCCCACGGAGGCUCAGAGCCCUUUGCCCACCUUCUCCUCCCACUUCCACCACCAAGUUGGCAGCUUCUUCAUCCUGGCCAACUUCCAGCGCUUCCUGGAGACGGCGUACCGGGCACUGCGGCACCUCGCCCACCUCUGA